UUGUGUCCAAGUUCUAAAAUGGAGGCGAGGCUGGCUGGGAACAAAGUGGUCCUGCUGGUCGGCGGAGCUGCUGUCGCCGUGGCGGCUUUAGGCCUGGGAUAUAAAUACUUUGGGAAGCCGGAGCGGCUCGUCCGCGUGGGUGUGGUGUCGCAGCUCCUCGUCCACCCGCUCAAGUCCGGCAAGGCGGUGUCAGUGGGCCUCUAGUGCGGACAGAUGCAGGACCGACACUGGAUGGUGGUGAAGGAGGACGGUCACAUGGUGACAGGCCGCCAGGAGCCCCGCCUUGUUCUGAUGUCCCUGACCUGCGAGGGAGGCUCCGUCUGCCUGAACGGCCCCGACAUGACGGAGCUGCGUUUCCCCGUCCAGCAGCCCCACAACCCCGUGGUCAACUGCAGAGUGUUCGGCACUGACGUUGAGGGGCGGGACUGCGGCGAUGAAGCGUCUGGUUGGUUGGGUGACUUCCUGUGCGGCGAGAAUACCCUCCGCCUGGUGCACUUUGAAGCCCACAUGAGGGCCAGGAAGGCUGCCAACAUGGAGCCUCUCUUCUCUCUAAAUGAGGAGGUGGCGUACCCAGACUGCGGGCCGGUGAUGCUGUUGUCCCAGGCCUCCGUCAAAGAUCUGAGCAGCAGGUUGGACAAGGAAGUCACCGUGGAACGAUUCCGUCCAAACAUCGUCAUCAGCGACUGUGAGGCCUUCGCGUACGACUGUGGCGUGUGA